AUGCUACUUUUGCUGGCUCUCAUCGUACCUCUGGGUGUUGUUGGCCUACCAGAUAUCCUUCCCCAGGUUCGCACCUUGCAAAGUACUGCCGUAAAGGGAAAGUUGCUGUGCAAUGGGAAGCCAUAUGAGAAAGCUCGCCUGAAGCUUUACGAAGUCGAUCCACGCAAGUUUUUCUUCAUGGACACCCUUAUGGAUGAAGCGUUCUCUGACAAAGACGGCCAAUUCAAGUUGAAGGGAAAUGACACAGAAUGGUCGAAAAUCGAUCCAAAACUGAACAUUUAUCACAAUUGCGAAGACGAGAAAGUGGAGUGUUGGCGUAAGGUGCAGAUCAUAAUCCCUGACGAUUACGUUACCGAAGGAGGUGAACCGAACAAGACAUUCGACAUUGGAAUCCUCAACUUGAAUGCGAAACUUCCCGGCGAGACACGAGAUUGCCUCAAUUGA